UAUGGAGCUUAUGCGCCUGAAGACGUGUCCGGCAACCGUGCAUCACACCAUCAUUACACUCCGUUCUAUGGACACUGCUAGCCGGACCGUCAUUCGCACCUGCACUCCAUCCCCAGGAAGCGAGCAUACGUUCCCAUCUCAGCGCCUCGUUGGAUGCUCACUAUCACUCGGCGCUCUGCAAGGACAUGCUGAGCAGCCGUCCCCAUACGCCCGCCAUGGCAAGCGCGCCACCCUCGCCCGCUUCGAGCACUGGCGGCACUCACACCAGCGACUCGCCGCGGCCAGCAACGAAUGCAGGGCUCUCGCGUCGCCGCAGCCACCGCUCGCGCGCCAGCGAGCUGAUUCGGUCGUUCAUGUCGAGGCAUGACAACACCCACGGUGCGAGCGGCGCCUCCCACGAUGACGAUUACUAUGAUGAUGAUGAUGAUGAUGCUGCUGCUGCAACACUUCAGAGAGUAGCGGCACGGUCCGCGUCGUCGACAAGCUCCAGUCUUCUCUUGCACUCUUCAAGCCAUGUCAGCCAGGGCAGCAGUAUCAACAGCAGGUCAUCUUCAAGCGUCUGCAGUCCGUCGGAAGGCUCUCCCGUCCGCAAUGCUCCUUGCACUUCACCUGGGCAGGGGUCCGCUCUGUCGCCAUUGCAAGGGUCUGCCUCGGGCUCCCAAGAGAGCCUUCGCUCCCAAAGUGCCAAGUUUAUGCCUGCCAAAGAUACCUGGUACGCACUGCUUGGUCUGUCGUACGAGCUAAAGACCAUACCGCGCCAACCAGUCGCGCCAGAGGCCGUGUCGCCACCCACCGUCCCCGGUGCACGGACUCAACGCCCCAAGUCCUUGACGAUGACGAGGACCAUUGGGAACCAGCAGACAUUGCCACCCUUGUUUGAGAUCCCUUCGCCGACGCACGCAAACCCCCAGAGCAAGGGCAAAGCUAAUGCUCAAAUCCCCUCUCCAGACGCGGAGGAAAUGCUUAAUAUCCCCAGCAGCAUCUCCGAGGCGUCUUCGUCAGCAUCGGCAGCAUCUGGAGCUACGGUCCGGUUCUCGGAUCAAAGCCGCACGCCCUUGUUCUCUACCUCGCAUAUGUCAGCAGGAGCAUGCUUGACGCCCAAGGCUUCGACGUACCAGCUCGCUAUAGACGAACGAGAAGAACAAGAAGAUUCCAUCGAACCGGCUACACUGACCUCGUUAAGCAUGCUGGCAAAUGGGUCCCAGGGAAGCGUGCCUAACGCAAGUGCAUAUGCCAGAGAGACGCUUCCUGCGCAGGCGCAUACUGCCACGCCAGCUUCGCGUGAAAACAGCAGCUCACACGGAGGCUGGGGCAGCGGCAGCGGCGCAAUGUCUGCAACGACCAGCAACGAGACCAUCUACGCUCGCUGCGGCAGCAACGGUAGUGGGAACUGCUCGCACACGUCUGCCAUCGUCAGUGUGCGCUCGCCCACGCACUCGCAGCACGGCGUCGGGGCCCGUUUGUUCCGCCGCUCUCCCGCGGUCAUCACCUCUCUCCCAGCCGACUUUGUACCCCUCGGCGUGAUCCGGCGCGGCAGCAUAUCCAGCGACGUCGCGGCGGGACCACGAGUUGGCGGUGGCGCGACGCGCAGGCGCGCAAGCACUGGUACGUGCCGUUGCGGGCGCGUCAUGCGCUCCGUCACGUAUCUCGUCAGCUCCAGCGCCUCCGGAGGGAGGAGGAUGAGUGCUUUCCCUCGCUGCGAGCGCUGCGUCUCAGCUGUUGUUGGCGCCGCCGCCGCUGCUGCUGCUGUUGCGUCUAUGAGGAGCGAGAGCGGCAGUGCCAAAGGCAGCAGAAAUGGCUCUGCAGGCGUAGCUGUAGGAGCAACAACAACAACUGCAGCAGCAGCAGCGAUACCUUCCCUCGCCGCUUGCAGCAGCCGUGCGCGCGCCAAGGGCGCUGCAGUCAGCGCUCGCACGCUUCCCGCGAUCGACAUGGGCAUCGGCUUCGCGGCAGACAUGUUCUCCAAGCCGCUCAGUGAGCUGAUGGGCGAGAAGAGAGGACCAGUCCAGCAGGAGAUUACACACUCCACCUUGAGCCCCACGGCUUUGGCGGGUGGGAGUGGCAGCAGAAGGCGCGGAUCGGAUAUACAUUCAUUUUCAGUGCCCCGGAGGACAAGCUCGUUCAUCGCUGCUGCCUCUCUUCCUGCUCUAGCGGCGACGGGCAAGAUUGCGACACCGUCUAGCAACGUGAUUGAGAAGGCUAAAUCUGUGCGGCGUCUGCCGGCGCUCACGGAUGCGACGACACCGCGCGGGUUGCACUCCCACUCGCUGUCCCUUUCGUACUCGGGCGCGCUACCUUGCUCCCCGUCGCAUCACCAGGCGGAGGGGCCUUCGCAUAGCCGCACCAGGUCGGCUCUGACCAACUUUACCGCUUCUGCCAGCAGCGCCUACGGCGGUAGCCCGCAUUACCAUAGCCUGUCGCUGAAGGACCUGCGUGACGUGAUGGACGGCCGACGCGAGGCGCCCGCGCACCUACACCCCUCGUUUCCAGCCCAGUCGCCGUUUCUGUCGAACGACAGCAAGAUCGCUGGCGGCAGCAAGGAAAUCUCCACAAUCGAUCGGGUCACUUCGACUGCUCUGAUCCCGGCGUGGAUCGAGAGCAGAGGCACGCAUAUUGUUGACGAGCAGAGGCGCGCUGAGUCUGGAGUGACUGUAGCGCCUGGCUCUGCUGGGCUGCGACUGGACGGCGGUAGCGCCAUCACCAGUCGUGCCAACUCGUACGGAGACGCUGUUGCUGCUGAUGAUGCUGACAGUGAUGACGACAACCAGAAGCGGCUCUCAUACUUGUCGUCAUCCACUUGCAUGACAGUUGCGAGCACCAUCAGCGGCAGCGCACUCAGCACCAGCACUGGCCUUACCUCGCCGUCCUUAUCCAUGUCGAUGCGCAUCGAAGCCGGAGCCGGUGCCAUAGUAUCGUCCUCAUCGCCCAGAGCAGCACCUACCUCUCCAUUCAGCUCACCUGCUUCCUCGCUCGUACCGCUGUCGCCCAUUACGACGACGGCGGCGACGUUCAGUGCGUCUUUUACUUCCAAAGGCGCUGAUGCCGACAUUAGAGCGAGCAGUGAUGUGCAGGCAGCAACUACCGCUCAGCCUCGUCUCUUCUCUCGCGUAUGAAUCGCCACCAAUCAUGCGUCCACGUGUGAAUGUGUGUAUAAUGUCAGGUUGUGGGCCGAAUCCGCAGCGAACGCAUUCCUUUCGCA